AUGGUGUCUAACAGGCUGGUCGCAUCGUUGGCUUUGCUGGUCAUCGCUGGAACGAGCCACAGCUACCCAACGGCUCCUCCCGAGGUGACCGCGAAGUGUCCCUUCAUUCCGGCGCGGUAUCCUCUGCUGCUGCCUAACCCCUUCGACUGCGGCUCCUACUUCUGCAGAUGGGAGAGUGAGGCCUCCUUGCAAUACUGUCCUGAAGAUCUGCACUUCAACGCCGUGUUGCAGGCGUGUGACUAUCCUGCUGACGCCGACUGUGCCGAGAGAACCACGGCUGCUUCUGCCUCCAAAGAACAAGUGAAAACAAGUGCAAGAUUUUAUCACACAGAAUUGGGUAAUGAAUGCAGUCAGAUUAGGCUGAAGUCAUUUGAUGUGAUACGAGGCAGCCUGGUCGCGUCUCUGUCGCUGCUGGUCGUCGCAGGAGUGAGUCACGGCCUCCCAGCCGUCGUCACGGCCCCUCCUCAAGUGGCCGCCCAGUGCCCCUACACGCCGGGGCCGAUCCCUCUGCUGCUGCCCAACCCCGUCGACUGCGGCUCCUUCUACAUGUGCAGCUGGUACGGGACGGCCCUGUUGCAGCACUGUCCUCCUGUGCUGCACUUCAACGCCAAACUGCAGGUGUGUGACUCUCCUGAACACGCCAACUGUGUCCAGAGAACCACAGCUGCCCAUCUCCAGCACCACUACUUCUGCCCCAGUCUCCAAUGCGACCACAGCUAUUCCUGUGUCUAA